UUUUGACAUGGUUUCUAAGAAAAGACAGCAGCUAGCGUUAGGUCGUCAGGUUAAUUAUUGCCAAACAAAUUAUGGAUGUGCAAACUGCAGUUGCCAGAAAAACAGGUUAUUCAAAAGUUUGGAUUGCACUGAAAAGAACUGACCUUAAUGAUGACAGAAUUACGGUAUUAAGAGAAAUUCUCAUACCCAGAGGAGCAGACUCAUCUACUGCUAAGCAGAUUCUUUUCCAUUCUUUUGGAUUGAGCAAUGCUACUGUACUGAAGAUGAGAAACAGCCAUGGUUCAAUGAUUCCUGUUAACAGCAGUUUACCAGUCAACAACAAACACAUGCCUUAUGUGUUGGAAGCAGUGAAGGUCUUUCAGCACAUUGUGCCCAAACCUCGCACUAUUGCAGUGACGGGAAUCAAUCAAAGCAUGAAAAACAGACUGCAGAGCAUCACAAGAAGGAUUGAAAGAUUGGAGGAGCUUGUUCCAGAAAUCAAAUUAAGACAUCAAGAAAAGAUCAAUCAGGAAAUGGAGUUACUCAGCCAGAAAAUGAUAUUCCUAAAUCAGAGAAUGCAGAUGGCUGAUUCUCACUGUUGGAGAGGCAUGUUUACACGUCCACCACUUUGGUGAUUUCAAAUGCUGUUAUGGCAAAGAAGAGAUCAUUUGUUUGUGGUCAAGUUGUGCUACAUUGUUAGAGUUCCAAAUGUAGAAAUGUACUACCAGUGUAUUCUUUGAUAAUAAGCAUAGUUAAACUGUUAAUGAUUAAUGUAUAAUGUGCUUUGUAUUUCAUUAAAUAAAGGUUUGUCAGUUUCACAUAUUUGCUCACUUAUGUUUUCAUAUGAUGGCAGUGUUUUGAUUUACUCAUUUCACAGUUUCCUUUGGUAAGGCAUCAACGUUUUAGCACCACUUGCAGUGUUUUAAGUAUCCAUUAAAUAUUUUGGUGCUCAGGUCACCUGCACAGACACAUUAAUUUACAGUACAUGUUUCAAGUUGCCCUUGGCAACCACAGGAACUGACAGUUGUUGUCAAGUUUUCAUGUUGUAAUAUGUAAUGUAUAAAAAUUGAAUUGCAUAAUAUUGUACUCAACAGAUUGCAAGUAAAUGGUUGGUUAUCCCAUUAUCAACGUUUGCCUCUGUAUUUUUGCAGUUUUACCAUGCUUAUCCCUUAUCAUUUACCAUAGUUUAUCCUGGUUUGCCAUUUUUAGUAAUAUACUUUACUAUACUUUUCUGGUCUUUACUAUGCUUACUAAUGUUGUACAAUGCUUUCACUAUAAUUUAUAAAACUUUACUGUAAACUUUUAUAAGGGUCAACCUAUAUCUGCUGUACAUGUAAAGUAUAUAGUAUGGUGAGUGUGUACUUGUUUUACCUGAUCCAAACAAAAACAAGGUAAAUGUAUUACUGUAUGUAUACAAUAUAUCCAUAAUAUACAACAACUGGAUACUCCUCUCCCAUUGUUUUCUAAUCAGCGCAUCCAUUCUGUUACUACUCAAUAACUUUAUUCUAUUUUAUAACUGCUCUUAUCUGUAGUGAUAUAUUGUAAUGUGAUAUUUUGUAACAACUGUGUCGCCCUGGAUAAGGGCAUCUGCUAAUAAAUAAAUAAUAACAGAACAGUGACACUAAAACCACUGCUUACUGAUAAAAUGCUUCACAGGGAUGCUCAAGCCCUGCUCUUAGAAAUAUAACUUUUUAAGUGGAUUAUUUCAGACAAAUGAAGGUAAAUAAGUCAAAUAACUAAGAAGUUGAAGUAUAAUAGCAAUAAUGGCAUUGCGGUGGAUUGUCCCUCUGUCUUUAUUGACUUACGAGUUCCAUUAUAACAUUGUAAUAUGCCACAGUUUAUUUUUAAAGAGUAAGUAGCGGGGUUCCAAAAAAUAAAACAUUACACGUCCCCAUGUGUUGCUACAACUGUUUACAUAUCGUAACUUGAAUUUUUCUUUUUAUUGUUAACAUUUACACUUUUAAAGUCUUUUUCAAAGUUAUUUUAAUAUGGCUGCUGUAGUGCACUGGGGUUGAGAUCUAUCCUCUAAAGCACAGGUCUCUAAACCACUGCUCUGGCUUUUCUUCAUGGAUCAUUAUUGCUGUGUUAUCUGUUUGACAAAGUGGGCAAUAAUCCUUAGACUAUCAGUGCACCAGAGCGGUCAUUUUGAAAAGAGCUUUGAAACAGACUUUAAAGCUAUAAGUGUAAAACGUUGACAGGAUAUUAACAAUGCAAAAAAAAAAAAAAAAAAAAAAAACUACAGGUACAUUAUUUAAACAGUUGUAGCAACAUGUGGGGUCAUAUACCACUAUAUUUUUUCGGAACCCAGCUACUUACUCUUUAAUGAUACGAUUAUAUCACGUCGUUCACGUGAUCCUGUGAACAGUACUCAUCUUUUGAAUUGGCAGCAGUGCAAAGUUAAAGCAGUUUUUCAAAUUAGCCGAAGCCCUUUGAGAAGAAAAUAUACCUCUGCAUAGCCUUAAUAAUGCAGAACCUAAAGGGAGGAUGGUUUACAUAUUUUGGAGAAGCAUCAAACCUUGAUUUGCAGCUCUUGCAGUACCGUAUUCCUUCGAAUUUAAGACACCCUUGAAUUUAAGAUGCAGCUCAAAUUUAGCACCCUCAAUUGAGGAAAAAAAUAAAAUAUCUAACAAAUAUGUACUUAAAGCUACAACCUCAGUUAUGCAUAUGGAGGCAGUUUGUGGUCGCCUGCUAUCACACAGAUCAUUACAGUUAUGUGCUGCUUCUCAAUUCGUCAUGAUUACUCACACCUGUUUUUGUCCCUUCUGAACUGUGGUAUUGCUUGGCAAAAUACGACUGUCUGAUCAGCAUUUCCGAUCUGUCCAAACUGGUACUGUUUGUUAGAAACGCUGAAAUUGUAAAUCAGGCAGUAAUGUUUAUAUAUAUAACACAUAAUUAUAAACUGAACAACUUUAUUUAAGUGGAUAGAGGAAAACUAAAUGCUGUAUUAAAAUGUGGAAACCAAUAAAUUAUUUAAAUAAAAGGUGAAAUACAUAAUUAUCAGAUGCAGGCUGCCAUAUAAUAAGAUAUAUGAAAAUAUAUAUGCAUGGAUAAUUGAUGUGUAAAUAGGCAUAUAUUAUUAUUUAUAUAUCUAUUUAUGUAUAUGUAACAGGGCGAGCAGCCCUGUAUAUUGUACAUUGUUUAUUUAUUUUUAGAUCGGGGUCUCCCCCUCCGCCCCUGUGCAGAUUAUUGUUUUUGUUUAUUAUGAUUUAUUGUAUUUGACGGCGUAGCGCCGUGUUAUUGUUUUGUUUAUUUUUAAAACGUGUCCUGGCAGAGGCGAGAUCGGUGCUCGUCCUCUGCCAGGGGUAAUAAUUAAAACUCGUGCAGAAGGUGGCCAUCUCCCGAAUUAAUUAGGUGAUUUAAUUUGUUGCUAAUCGGGAGAUGGUCACCUGUUAUAAAAAGCCUGCAGCUCGCUAACUCGGGGUGGGAGUCCAGAGGAGCGAGAGUAGAGAGCGAGGAGAGGAACGAGAGCGUUUAAAACGAUUACAGGAACAGUGAAGGCUACAGCCCAGCCUGACCUGUAUUAUUUAUUGUGGAUUUUGUGUUCGUGAUUUGUUUUUGUUUAACCCUUUUAUUUUGCUCUGUGAGCGCACGUGUUCUUUUGUUUAAAUAUUUAUUUUAUUUUUGUUAUUAAUAAAAACGGCAGCCAGCCGAUUCUUUCUUUUGAACUGCA